AUCUUCACUGGCGUGUGGGUCCACUUCCUGUUUCAGACAUUAACGUUCGAAAGCUACGAAAAUGACAGAACAACAGCUGGACUGCGCGCUAGACUUGAUGAGGAGGUUGCCACCUCAGCAGAUAGAACGCAACCUAAGUGACCUCAUUGACCUGGUACCGAGUUUGUGUGAAGACUUACUGUCCUCUGUGGAUCAGCCACUCAAAGUAGCCAAGGACAAAAGUGUUGGCAAAAAUUACCUUCUGUGUGAUUACAACAGGGACGGUGACUCUUACAGAUCUCCAUGGAGUAAUUCCUAUGACCCGCCAUUGGAAGAUGGGACUGUUCCUUCAGAAAGACUUAGGCGGCUUGAAGUUGAUGCUAAUGCUGCCUUUGACCAAUACAGAGAAAUGUAUUUUGAGGGCGGGGUGUCCUCCGUCUACCUCUGGGACCUGGAUCAUGGCUUCGCUGGUGUGAUCCUCAUAAAGAAAGCGGGUGAUGGCUCACAGAAAAUCAAAGGCUGCUGGGACUCAAUCCAUGUUGUUGAAGUCCAGGAAAAAGGCACGGGAAAAAGUGCUCAUUACAAACUGACUUCCACGGCCAUGCUAUGGCUACAGACCACCAAGGAGGGUUCUGGGACCAUGAACUUGGGGGGCAGUCUAACAAGACAGGUGGAAAAUGACACGCCCGUCAGUGAGGCCUCCCCUCAUAUAGUUAACAUAGGUAGAAUGGUAGAGGAAAUGGAAAACAAAAUAAGGAAUGUCCUCAAUGAAAUUUACUUUAGCAAGACCCGGGAUAUCGUCAACGGUCUUCGGUCGGCAACUCCUUUGGCUGAUCAGAAACAACAGCAGGCGUUCAGGAACGAGAUCGCAGAGGCUCUUCAGAAGAGGCAGAAAGCUAACUAAUGGCGGAAAAGUGUGGAGGGAUGGCAUUAAGUCUUCUGUCACAGUUGGGAGGAAUCAGGAGCUGAUAUUUAUAAGAACAGAAAAAAAGCUAAUCACAUGAUAUAUGUAACAUAUUCACACGUUCUGUGUCCAUUAUACUUCACCUAUAAAUACUACAUGUUUCCAUGGUAUCAUGUAGCAAAAGGCUAAGGGAGACUGACUGGCCUGGGUGGGGAUCUCUGUAAAUGACGUGUACAGCACGCAGCACUUGUCUGUUUCACGACCAGAUUGUUCCCAAAAUGGGUUCUUGCCUCCAAAGCUGACUUAAUAAUUGCAAUGUGAGUGUAUUGCAUUUUGAAUUUUAACUGAAUGCAACACAAAGCAGUAUUGCAUCUCUUGUGCUUAUAUGACUGUAUUUUUAUACACAUGCUUCAAGUACAUGCUGCAAGUUGCAUGUAAUCAUGAUGUUAGUUUGAAUGUUCUUCACUGGGAGUAAGUUAACCUGCGCAUUGCGGUGGGAUUGGGGGUGGGGUCAGAGUGUGGAGGCAACACGGACAGCUUGUAGUGCAGCAGUGUCACUCUUCUGGUCAACUGACAUUACAAUUUUUACUGUUCAGAAAAGGUUCAUCACUGUAGUAGUACAUGUCAAGAUGAAAUUAUCCUCAGUCAGCGCUUACACAAGAUUAUACUUAACAAAGUCUGUUAUUCUUACACAUGUACUACUGACUGGAAUCUUACCCCGCCUCCUCCCCGCCCGCCCCCCAAAA